AUGGAGCCCUUGAGAGCUUCAGCAGGCGCCUCGAGGCCACGCCCAAAAGCUAGGGCCGUGCGAGCGAAGGUGCAGUCUGACUCUGUGCUGCACCUUGGAUCAGAAGACUCCAAUCUCAUCGCUUCUUCCAGGACGUCAGGCGAGACCUUCCAUUCGGCUCUCACUGAUCAGGAUGUGAAGCAGGCGGCAUCAUCACAGGGACUGCCUGCCUCUUCGGCCGUGGGAAACGACUCAAUACACAUGGGAGGAUCGCCAGCCGUCUCACCUCGGCUGUCAGAGCCCCGGGGUCACUCAAUUUCGAAGUCUCCGUCCAGAAACGGCGCGCGGGACCUGUACGAUGAUCGGCUUGGCACCUCGUCCCCAGCUCGGCCGCAGAGUGCCUCAUCCCCAAUGCCCGGCCCUUCAAGUGUUAUCUCUUCGUUCGUGCCCACUCAACACAGCAUACCUCCCGUUGCCGCUCCAGUCAAGACUGAACGCAAGGCUGGUAGGGUCGAGCCAAAGCAAGCCGAGCAACCUUCUCUUCAACGACACAAGAUCAAGGCAUCUCGUCCUUCUGCCGACGAAUUCUUAAGGAAGAGAGACAAAGACAAUGACGCAUACUUCACGCGACCAGGUCGCGCAUCUAAGCCUGUCAUGCUCAGAGAAGGCAGUCAAGAAGGCAGCGAGCUAGACACGGACGUGGACGGUAUGUAUGCGGGAGGGUACAGCGAUCGGUCCGACGAUGAGGAAGAGGAUGACGGGUUCGGACAAUCUCGCAGGCGAAGACGCUCAUCGAACAAGCACAGAUUGAAACCAGGCUCGCAGUUGCCACAGUGGGUCAAGAACCAGCCUUCUCGGGCGAUGGUGGACACGCAGGAAAGCGACGAAAGGUCUUUGGAACUCGACGGACUGAACCAAUCUCAAUCAAGCAUCAGUUCGGCUGGUCGGCGCAAAAGGCGUCGCGUACGGGUCAAUGAUAGUGACAGGCGGAGUGCCAGUCUGACACCUCCUCCGCCUCUCGAUGCUGCGUUGCGACGAGAAGUAGCUCUCCUUGUCGAAAAGGAGUUGUUGGGAGGGUUGCGAGAGAAUGCUGACGUGUCAGAUGAAAGUGAUCCGGGGUCGCGAGGGAAUACAGCGCAAAUGGCCUCUCGCGUUGGAGAGCUGGACCUCAGCGAGGCGCAGAUCAAUGGCCUUCAUCCGGACUUGGCAAUGCACUACAGAGGCGCCAGAGCUCACGAGGUACGAGCGAGAGCGGCGCAGGAAGAGCAGCGAAAGGCGAAAGAGAGGGAAGAAAGGAUGCGACACGAAAGAGAGCAGCUCGAGGAAGCCAGGAAAAACAAAGAGGCGGAAGCGGCAUCAAACAGACAGCCUUUUGGAGAAGUCAUCGCGCUGUCAGACAGUGAUGACAACGUACAGAAGAUAUCGCAACACGCCGCAUCGACGCAGGAUGCAGGUAGUGAUUCGGAGGUCGAAAUGUUCUUUGCUCCGCCUCCUCCAUCAGCCAGAACAAGUCGAGGAGCAUCAGCGCUUGCUUCCAGAACACCACAAAGUGGUGUCGCUUCUGGCUCAGUAGCUCCGAUCGCGAGCCCUGCAUCAGGCUCAGCCCCGCGCAGGUCUUCUAGACGAAGGAACGCGACUUCUACGACUCGCCAGGACUGCGACUCGGAUGCGAUCGAGAUCACGCAAGUUCGGACGCAAAGCUCAUCCGUGGCCCUGUCGCAGUCUCAGUCGCAGGCGCGAAGACGCAAAGAGGCUAUGACCGCAUCAGCCAAUUCUGCUGCAGAGCAGCCACCAACGCCAGUCUUGCAGACCCAGAAUGAAGCGGCAGAGGGUGGUGAAGAAGAACGCCUGACGGUAAACCUUCGAGGAUCGUCCGAUGCCUCUCUGACCAUGUCGAUACGGACCAAACCUUCUACCAAGAUUGGACGCUUGUUGGACCAUGCGCUCAACACGUGGGGUGCGCAUUUUUGUCCAGAUGCAAACAGGUCCAAAGCUCGGGUCGUCUAUGAUGGCGAGACCUUGUCUCGCGAAGACACAGUUAUGGGCGCUGGCAUCGAGGAUGACGACAUGCUCGAUGUUCGUCUAUGA